AUGCAGUCUGCAGCACGUCGCGCGUCUCAACCACUACGCAACCUUGCACGCACAUCCCGCAGUACAAAUACCGUAUCUGCAGUCUCCAAGCGCUGUCUGCACGCUUCCGCGACUCGUUCAGCGAAUCACAGAGCCACGCUUGCUACAGCGGCAAAUGUCCGACCAACCUCUUUACCCACUCCCCGCGCAUCACCACCCUUAACACGGUCUAUGUUCAUUCAGACGGAGACCACGCCAAAUGAUGACUCUUUGAAGUUCAUACCCGGAGUCACCGUCAUGGAAGACGGCUCGGCUGAGUUCCUUGACACUCGGUCCGCGCUCGCUUCACCACUUGCCAUUCGAUUGAUGGGCAUAGAGGGUGUGAAGACCGUGUUUUAUGGACCGGACUUCGUGACUGUGUCGAAGGACUCGGAACACCCAUGGGCGGUCAUCAAGCCCGAGGUCUACUCUGUCUUGAUGGAGUAUUUCUCAUCUGGCCAGCCAUUAUUCCGCUCGGAGGAGGACAGAGAAAACGCGGGGCCGCAGGAUACGCGUAUUCUUGAUACCGACUCAGAUACCGUGGCGAUGAUCAAGGAGCUAUUGGCUACCCGCGUUCGGCCGGCUAUCAUGGAGGACGGAGGAGAUAUUGAGUACCGGGACUUCACGGAGGACGGCAUUGUGCAGGUCAAGUUGAAGGGCUCAUGUCGCGGUUGUGAUUCAAGCACCGUAACGCUCAAGACGGGUAUUGAACGCAUGAUGAUGCACUAUAUUCCUGAGGUCAAGGGUGUAGAGCAGGUUCUUGACCAGGAAGAAGUCAUUGCACUAGACGAGUUCAGCAAGCUGGAGGAGCGGUUGGCACACAAGGAGGAGAGCAAGAAGGAAUCAGGUAUGGCACAGUAUAUGAGCGUAUAA